UGUGGGACUGGCUUCACUUUCCAAAAGGGCCGGUCGCUAGUAAGGCUGGUUUGGCAUCAAGAAAUAAAAUAAAGCCCUUCUACCCUACGACCACCCCACGAGAGGAGGCAGAAAAGGACAGAUUCACUGGAUGAUAAAAUUAAUUGGUUUAUGACACCCUUCUUCCUGGGUCUGAAAAGUGACGAAGUCAUCUGAAGGGAGAAAUGCGCGAGAACAGAAACUGUGUGGGUUGACUAUGGACGAGCUGGUAACUUCAGUCCGAGGGUCUCAUCUCCAAAGCAGAGGAGGAGAUUGAAGAUGAAUUCUCUGCUUCAGGCCCCUCUGAUGUCUGGGCUACUGUUCUUGUCAGUUUCAUUGGCAAAGGUAAUCAUGGAGCCAAAAUAUGGCAGUAUUUGUGGAGGAACGUGGAUCACACUAACAUUGGAUGGCCUCUCUGUCAAUGAAUCUGAGCUGAACGUAGCCCUGGUGAAUCCUGUAUUGCCUACAGUCCUGUGCGACAUUGAACCUCUAAGUUUUCAUCUGCCUGUUAUAAAAUGCCAGACAAGGUCUGCACAUCUGGAAGGACUUUACCAUCCCCAGUUGAAUGGGCUGACUGCACAUGUGCCAAGUCAGCUGCGAUGUGACGACUGCGCAUUCCAGUUCUCCAUCAAACAUACACCUGUUCUGUAUCAUGUUGACCCACCAUGCGGCGUUCCAGGAAAUGUAAUUCAAAUCUAUGGUCAGAUUCUGGCCUCCAAAUAUGAAACAUAUGAUUUUGAUGUGGAUUUUAUUGAUGGGCCUGUUAUUCUCAAAGCAGACGGAUGGAUUACCAUUUGCUCACUUGCAGACAAGCAGAAGCGCAGCAUGUACCCCAUUCAAACCAGUCAUGGCCUGGGAACCCUUAGGUGCCGAGUGGAAGGCAACUAUAUCGGGUCGCAUAAUGUCAGCUUUUCGGUAUCUAACAAGGGAAGAUCACUUGUGGACAAGGACGCUUGGCUCAUCAGUGCUAAAGAGCAGCUUUUCUUGUACCAAACUUUCCCAGAAAUAUUUUCAGUAUCUCCACCUGCAGGAAGCCUGGGUGGUGGAAUGCUGGUCACCAUCACAGGAGACUUUUUUGAUACUCCUGCGACGGUCACGAUUGCAGGGACUCCCUGUCCGAUUAAUUAUGUUUCUCCACAAAUGAUCACCUGCACAGCUGGAGCAGCUGGUGAAAAUAGACGCCCCAACGGACCACAGCCAGCCCGUGUUGUCUGUGAUGGAGGUGUUUUCAUUAGCCCAAUUUUUGGAGACAUGCUUGCUACCCCUAAUGACUUCACACAGGUUGUGGUAGCAGUGAAUGAUAUUCCAGCCAACUGUUCUGGCUCGUGCACCUUCCAGUAUCUUUUGGAAUCUACUCCUUUAGUCAGUAAUCUUGACUAUUCUGUGGAUGAUGCCGUUCAUAUGUUAAUACACCUUGUUGGAUCUGGCCUCGCUGCAGACCUCAAGUCGUUGCUUGUUGAGGUGAACCAGCAGGACUGUAAGGUCUUGGUUUCCAACCACAGCAAUGCCCUUUGUCGGAUGCCCUUGUUACCGGCAGGGUUGUAUACAGUUACGGUGUUGGUGAGACCCUAUGGAUUGGCCGUCAAUGCCAGCGGAGGAGCCGACAUCUUCCUGAGGAUUGUGCCCAUAUUGACUGCCAUUGAACCUCCGGUGGCUUCUGAGAUUGGUGGGCUUCCAGUAAUCCUCACAGGUUCAGGAUUUGAUGGGAUAAAGCUGGUGUUAUUUGGUCUUCAGCCUUGCCCAGUUAAUGCCAACACCAGCAACGCAACGAUAAUUGAAUGCACGCUUCCCGUGCGAAGAGGAGAAGACCACACAGUCCAUGUGAUGGUGGUCAGUGAACAUGGAUCUACUCUGUUUGCCAACGCGUUUACUUAUGAUUCUUCUCUAAACCCGGUUAUUACAUCACUGAGCCGAAAUUCAACCAGCAUAGUUGGAGGUCAGACACUCGACAUUGGUAUAUCAUCAUUUGCAAAUUAUGCUGGGUUUGACGUGAAGGUAAUAAUUGGGGAGUCGGUGGUAGAAAUCCAGGAACAAACCCAUCAUGGACUCAGUGUAGCCCUGCCUUCUUUGACUCGUGGACUGUACAACCUUUCCGUCUUCCUGAACAACAUCCCAUUAGGCACUAAAGGGAUGGAACCAUUCAUCCAAUAUUCCACAGAGGCCUUCGGAAUGGAACCGUGCUGCGGUUCCUUGCUCGUGCAGUUGUGA